AUGGAUUUCGGCCACUUUGAUGUGGAUGCGUAUCUACAGCUCCCACUAGAGAAUGCGAAUAUGCCCACGGCUCCUGUUGCACCCAUGCUCACCAACGAAGCAAACGAGCCGCACACGCCUGAUGUGCAAACCCAGGUUUACAUGUCCCAAGAGGACUCCUUCGGAACCAAAGAGGAUAACCAUUUGGAGAACCGCGCUGCAAUCAGCCUUGUAUUAGAAGAGAUUGGAAUACUACGUGCUGAGCGGGCUGCCACCGAGGAUAAGAUGAAUAAGAUAAUGGCCGCCAUUACUAAAUACAACACUUUCACGGAGGAAGCACCCGUACUGAUUCAGAUGCUUAGCGAAAAAUUAAAUACAGUGACCCAAAAUCACAAACAGGAUAGAUAG